GGUAAUUCGCAUAUUUUUAAUUGGGUUUUAACUUUUUUCCCAUUUUAUUCCUAACUUAAACAGUAUUAAGUAGAGGGCAUCAUAGGUGUGCAAAGAAUUAGCAUAAAAUGAAGAUCUAUUUAAAUAUAACUAAAAUGCAAAUUUUCCACAAUUUUUGAAUGAAAAUAAUGUCUGGAAUAGUUUGUAAAAAGUGUAUUAAUUAGAAAAUUAUAUUUAUAGAUGAACCAUACAAGUUAGACAAGUAUGCCCAAAAAUAAUUCGGGCAAAAACUGUUCAAUCUUCCAAAUACACAAAUGAUCUAAUAAAAAUCACUAAAAUCAAAAUGAUUAAAGUGGUUUGAUUAUUUUUUUGGAAGAAAUGGAGGGAUUCGGGGGCACAGCAACGGAUAUGGGAGGAUGCAUCUUUGCACAUGGAAAUUGCAUGAUAAAGUGAAACAUUUAAAAUCUUGAAGAUCUGGAAAGUUUUUAUUAAAAAAGCAUCUGGAAGGAUAAAAAAUCUGACCAGGCCAGGAAAUAAAGAUCUAUUCACUGAAUAAUCGGGAUAUUUAUCAUGCUACCGCGGGGUCAAAUAUCAUUUUUGAGAAUCAAUUUCCUGGAUGAAAUUAUUAUUUAAGCAUAUUAAGUUUUACAAUUUGACGUUUGAAUACUGUUCUAUUUUUUUAAAAGUAGAAAAAAUUUCCCCCUUUUAUUAUUUUAUACCACGUUCUGGUGUGUUAGCGGUUCUUUAAUCAACGAAAAUUAUGCUUUCCCAGAAUGGCGACAGGGCUAGAUCUAAGCAAAGAAGCCAUAGAUGACUUAGAAAUACACGAAGAAGAUAUUAGUGAUUUUAUACUAGGGGAAGAUCUUGCAUUUGGUUCAGAAAGUGGUCAGCAAAGUUCCGGACCAGAUCCUUCAUUAGAUCCAGCACCGGAACAGGGUGGAUCUACAAAAGAGGAUAAAAACUGCCCCGUAAACUCACAGAUACAGGAACAAAAUGUCACCGCGGGAGACGACAAGGAUUCAGCGUCCACCUCAACCAGUAGUACCUGCUCGAAUAUAGAAUUCAACUCACUUUGUAAUCUUCUCACUAUCAACACUAACAACGGGAUUGAUGAAGCUCACGAUUCCACUAACAAUGAUGAGAUAUUGAAUCGAAUGAAGAUAGAGGAACUGGUCAGACGACAUUUAGAAAGUAUGAACCAGAGUAUUGGACGACAAGUAGCAGGGAGUGAGGGUAUCAAGAGAGUUCAGGAGGACAGGGAGUGUUUGAGUGAGAGUAGCUGGACAACGAAUAAAGUUGAGAGAUUAUUGGAUGAGUUACCGAAAAUUGAAGGGAUCGUUUAUGAGCCGGAAUUUAAAUGUUUUAAGUCCCGUAUUCCACCUCGAUACUGCAAGUACUCUGAGGAAAGCUCAUUUAGCGCAAAGAGGUACGGACUCAAAAACGCCUGGCUAAAGGCUGUUUCACACCUCUUCACGAGCAUUGCGUCGUCGGUGUUUGAUUUCCCACCUGUGACGCAGAGUUCUGGAGGCCAUUCACCUGAGGCCAUGGGAAGGCCUUCCACAGGGACUUAUGGUGUUCCCAGGUCAGUGCCAGAAAUUAGAGAAAAUAAAGCUAGAGUUGGUCCAGAUGACAUGGGCAACUUGGACUAUGACUCAUUUUAUGACUUACGCCAUAAGAAGAUCAAGGUUUCGGAUCUCGAGCUCAAGAACAUUAAAAAUAUUAAGCGUUUUAUGAUCAAUGAGAUUGACACCGAAAACUUGGAGGAUAAGGGAUAUGAAGCUCUUCUAUUCUCCUCAAGAACCAACAACAAACAUGUUUUAUCACUUGAGGAACAAAAUGAUCCCAAAAAAAUUGCGGAAUCCCUAAAACCAUGGCACCAAUGGGUAAACUGGGUUCCGAGUAUAUCAAGAUGGCGUACGUUGUAUUAUGAUGAGAAUAGUGUAAAACAUACAAAAACUUUUACACCUGCGAUUUUUGGAGGAGUUAAGGAGGCUUACUACGCAGCAGUUGAGUUUAGGAACAUGAUUGAUAACAUGGACCAGCUUACACUUCCAACCAUAAGGCGGAACUGGAUCAAAUCAAACGGACCGAGCACUAACAAGCGCUCCCCUACUCUAACUGAGGAUAAAUUUGGGUCUCCAGAACCAAAAGUCGAAAAUAUCUCAAAGUCAAACUCUAAUUUUAAUUUUUCAAUACAAACCAACAAUUCUCAUACCCCUGUUAAUUGUACCCAAAAUCCUCAAAUCAGCAAUAACACCACCGAUACAGUCAAUAGUACUCAAAAUACUCAAAAUACUCAAAAUCCUCCAGAUAAUUUGGGAAAUAAUUGUCAUAACACUGAUAACAAUUCUCCUAAUGUGGAAAAUAAGAAUUGUAAUAACAACAUGGGAAAAGAUUUACAAAAUGAUGAAAACCCCUCUAAUAAUAGUAAGGAAGAAGUUCAAAACAACAUGUCAACCGGAGUGGAUAUUGAUUUUUUAUCAGGCUUGGAUACGAAGGGAUUGUUUAUCCCUAUACCUCUAGAUUGGAAGCGGGAUUAG